AUGCGCCGCGUGGCCCACCUCAUCCUCGUCCAGUCCGCCGGAACUGAGCUCAUGGGCCUCAAAACCGCCGUCUUUCUCUCCGUCCCCGCCGCCGUCGCGCCGCUACCUACUACACUCCGCCGCCACCACCUCUACUCCUCCUCCAGGGGCAGCAGGGCGGCCGCCUCCCGAAUUUCAGCAGCGGUGAUGGCCACGGCGGUGCAGCCGGCGGUGGUGGUGGGCGGCGGCCGGGUCGGCCAGGCGCUGCUCUCCAUGGGCCCGCCCGCCGGCGGGGACCUCCUGCUCCGCCGCGGCGAGGCGCUCCCGCCCGCCGCGCCGGCCGGGCCCAUCCUCGUCUGCACCCGCAACGACGACCUCGACGGCGUGCUCGACGCCACCCCCAAAUCCCGGUGGCCUGACCUCGUCUUCUUCCAGAACGGGAUGCUGGACCCGUGGCUGGAGAGCAAGGGCCUGGCCGGCGCCAACCAGGUGCUCGCCUACUUCGCCGUCUCCAAGCUCGGGGAGCCCCCCAUCGACGGCAUUACUGACGCCAACCCCGAGGGCCUCACCGCCGCCUUCGGCAACUGGGCUCCCGCCGUCGCCGCCCGCCUCCAAAACGGCGGCCUCACCUGCAAGGUGCUUGAGAAGGAAGCCUUUGAGAAGCAAAUGCUGGAGAAGCUCAUCUGGAUUUCUGCCUUCAUGCUCGUCGGAGCUCGCCAUCCGGGGGCCACGGUUGGCGCGGUCGAGAAAGAGCACCGGUCCGAGGUAUCCAGCCUCAUAGCUGAAUUGGCAUCAGCUGCGGCUGCAGAGCGGGGGCUUUCUUUCGAUGAGGGCAUGGAAGAAAGGCUCUGUGCCUACUCCAGAGCCGUGGCACACUUCCCGACCGCCGUGAAAGAGUUCAAGUGGAGGAACGGUUGGUUCUACUCGCUCACUGAGAAGGCCCUCGCGGAAGGGAAGCCAGAUCCAUGCCCGCUCCACACAUCUUGGCUUAAGGAGAUUAAGGUCAUAUAG